UCGAGGCCCGCAAUCACGGUUUACGCCGUCGAUCGAAUGUCCGCCCGCUGCACCACCGGCAAAACCGUCCUCCGCUGAGUUAGGGUUUCUAUCCGAUUCACUGCCCCAAUGGCUGAGUCCGCGCUGCAACUCGUAUCCGAAAUCGGCACCCACCUCCGCCGCCAAACGCGCCCAAACAAGGACUUCAUCGUCAAAUCUCUCCGACAAGCUGCAAGUGCUUUGUCGCAGUUAGAACAGGCUUCUUCGGCUGAAGCUUGUAAGAAGUUGGAGCCCCUGAGAGAAGCUAUUGUGCAUGGCUUGCUUCAGCAUAGGGAUAAGGACGUCAGGCUUCUUGUGGCCAUCUGUGUAACUGAAAUGUUUCGGGCUAUGGCACCCGAACCCCCUUUUGCGGACAAAUAUCUAAGGAACAUUUUUAAACUCAUUAUCAGCACGUUCGUCGAGCUAGCUGAUAUGGAGAGCCCGCUCUUUUCGAGGAGGGCCAAAAUAGUAGAGACUGUUGCGCGAUGUAAAUGUUGUGUGAUCAUGUUGGAUGUUGACUGCAAUGAUCUAGUUCUCGAAAUGUUCAAUGUCUUCUUCUCUGUUGUGAGGCAACAUCAUCAGCAGAGUUUGAUGAAUGAUAUUUUGUCUAUAAUGGUUCAUAUACUAAACGAGGAAGCUUCUCAGCCACUUUUGGAUGUGGUUCUACGAAAUCUUGUGAAGGAGGCAAAGGAUGCAGAUUCUGCUUCUUCUCAGCUUGCAGUUUCUGUGAUCCAAACAUGCGCAGACAAACUUGAGUCCUUUGUUUGUGGGUUUCUGACAUCUUGUAUUUUGGAUGGAGAUGCUGAUGGGAGUGAGCUCAAGGAAUUUUACCAUGAAAUCAUUUUUAAAAUUUUUGGGUGUGCUCCUCAGAUGCUUCUUGCUGUCAUGCCAAAUUUGACUCAAGAGUUACUGACUGAUCAGGUUGAUGUCCGACUAAAAGCCGUUAAUUUAAUUGGAAAACUUUUCACACUGCCUGAUCACCAUAUUGCACAAAGGUAUCAUGACCUCUUUGUUGAGUUUUUGAAAAGAUUUUCAGAUAAAUCUGCGGAUGUUAGGGUUAGUGCUCUGCAAUGUGCUAAAGUUUGCUACAUGACCAACCCCUCUGGGGCAGAAUCACAAGAAAUUCUCCCUGCCCUUGAAAGUCGGCUACUAGAUUUUGAUGAUAGGGUGAGAACACAGGCAGUGAUUGUUGCCUGUGAUCUUGCCAUUUCUAAUAUGAGAUGCUUUCCUCCCAAAAUAAUAUCUCAGACCACUGAAAGACUUAGGGAUAAGAAGGUCCCAGUUAGAAAGAAAGCUUUGCAGAAGUUGAUGGAAGUAUAUCGAGAUUAUUGUAACAAAUGCUUUAAAGGCUCUUUGACAAUCAGUGACCACUUUGAACAGAUUCCUUGUAAAAUAUUGAUGCUAUGCUUUGAUAAAGAUUGUAUGGAUUUCAGGUCCCAAAAUAUGGAGCUUGUUCUUGCAGAAGAUCUAUUUCCAGCUGGUCUUUCAGUUCAUGAAAUUACAAGGCACUGGAUCCACUUGUUUUCUCUUUUCACCCCACUUCAUAUAAAGGCUUUGAACUCUAUUUUAUCCCAGAAACAAAGGUUGCAAAGUGAGAUGCAAACUUAUUUAGCCAAUCGAAAGAAAGAGAAGGGGAGUAAUUCAGAAGAGAUGCAGAAGAGAUAUAAAGUUCAGUUCUCAAAAAUGGCAGUCUCCUUUGCAGACCCUUCAAGAGCAGAAGAGUGCUUUGAAAAAUUUAACCAAAUGAAAGAUAAUAACAUUUUUAAUUCACUGGCUCUGCUAUUGGAUGACCUGAAAUUUAAAGAAGCCCGUGCAAGCAGAGACAAAUUUCUGAAUAUGAUUGGCGGGAAACAUCAGAAUUUUGAGUUUUUACGAACACUUUCCUCAAAAUGCUCUUACAAUAUAUUCAGUGCAGCGCAUGUUUGCUGUAUUCUAGAUGAUCUAUCCGGUAACAGUCCUGGAAAGACAAACUUGGAGGCUUCUUCUGUCAGACUUCUGCUGUCAAUCACCAGCUUUUUCCCAACUCUCUUAAGAGGUUCAGAAGUGCAACUUCAGAAGUUAUUAAAGGAGACGGACCCAAUUAAUGAUAAGUUGAUUGAAGUUUUAGCCAAAGCAGGCCCUCACAUAUUUGUUAAACUCAGUGAAAUCUACCCCUUUCUGAAGAGGGUUUGUCUGGAGGGGACUCGCGUUCAGUCAAAAUAUGCUGUUUCAGCAAUUGCUGCUUUAGCUGAUCAUUCAAAGCAAUUGAUUUUCCAAGAUCUAUGUAAGGAACUUGUGGAUUCUCUACUAGUUGGGCAGAACAUACCAACAGUGUUACAGUCCUUGGGGUGUCUUGCACAGCAUUCUGUUUCAACAUUCCAAAGCCAAGUUGGAGAGAUCACCCAUUAUAUAUAUCAAAAAAUAUUCCAAGUGAACUCUUCAGAUUUUAUAGACUCCUGUGAUGAUGCGUCCGGGUCUAGUGAUUCUUGCAAAUUAAAGAUAUAUGGCCUGAAAACACUUGUCAAGAGCUUCUUGCCACACAGGGGAACUCACACCAAACAGCAAAUUAAUGAGCUUGAGGACAACACCAAACGGCAAAUUGAUGAGCUCUGGGACAUUUUGUCAACAAUGCUGCAAAAGGGAGAAACUGCUGAGGGUAUCACCUCAUGCAGUGAAAGUGAUAAGGCUUGUAUUAGAUUAGCUGCUGCAAAGUCUGUUCUCCGGCUUGCUCGAAGAUGGGAUUUCCAUAUUUCUCCAGAGAUCUUUCACUUCACAAUUUUAAUGGCAAAGGAUGAUUCUCCAUUGGUGAGAAGAUCAUUUCUUGAUAAAACUCACAAAUUACUGAAGGAGCAUGUUAUACCUAGCAGAUAUGCAUGUGCUUUCGCAAUGGCCACCUCAGAUUGCCUCAAGGAUCUGCAGGAUGAUUCUUUAAAAUAUAUUGCAGAAUUUGUCAAGGAUUACAGUAGAGAAGCUCAAGUGCGUCAAAUCUCUGGAGUCCAAGAAGGAUUAAACACUGAUUUUCCAGCAUACAUAGUGGUGUUCUUGAUCCAUAUUCUUGCUCAUGAUACUGGCUUCCCACCUGAAGACUGUCAAGAUGAAAAAGCAUAUGCUCAGUUUUGCGGUCCACUGUUAGCUUUAUUGCAGGCUUUAGUCAAUGCUAGUAAUGCUGAUGGGGCUCUGGAUGUUACCAAGGAUUCUGUCUUGUAUUUGAUUUGCAUUUUUCGUGCAAUUAAGAGAGCUGAGGAUGCUAUAGACACUGAAUUAACUGGCAAGCUGCAUAUUCUGGCAGAAAUUGGGCAUUCUUUUGUGACGUUAACAAAUCAUAAUGGCCUCUCCUUAUUACAUGCUCCUGGGAAAAUAUUUCUACCAUCAUCCUUAUAUAAAUCCAAUUCAAGAUGCCUCACUCAAUCAUGUUUUGAUGAGUACUUUUUCAAAAGAGUAGUUGACAUAUUUAAAUCAAAUAUCUCUUUGCCUGCCAGUGCUCUUCCUAGACGGGGGCGUAAAUGUCAAGAGGAUAUCACACAAUCUGGUGUUGUCAAGGAGAGCAAACAUAUCGUAACAUCUUCCAAGAUAGUUAAUUUGUGCAAUGAUGGGGCAGCUGAACCCCGAAAGGCUGUGAAACAAGGCACCAGUACAGGAGGAUGUAGAAGAAAACGAGAUCUCUCUCCAAGUGAUUCUGAUAUUGGUUACCAGAAUGAUUUAUCUAAAAAAUCUGAGAUUACUUUGGAAAAAGAAAUACUUUCAUCUUGUGAUUCUGUGGCUACAGUCGGUGGAUCAAAUGCCACUGUCCAGAAUAUUAAAAAAAAUACCAUUCCAUUGAUGGGAAAUGUUAAUGUGAAAAGAAGCAUUAAUGUGGAACAUUCCAAUGACCCCAGAUCAAAUCUAAAGGGUCCUUGCAGCUUAAAGGAAAUUAGUAAGAAGGCUGAGGCAUUGAUUGGGCAAAGAAUCAAAUUUUUGUCUCCUGUAGAUAAAUGUUUUUAUUCAGGUACAGUGGAUGGUUAUAAUGCUCAAAACAAUACAUACAAGAUCACAUGUGAUAGUAGCGGGGAUGUUCAAUUAGUAUGCUUGGAAAGUGAGAGCUGGGAAACUAUAAGUGAUGGUUCACGGGAGGAAAGGUUUUGGAUGUAGCAGAAACGAAAGCUGGGGAAAAAAGCUUUUGUGGACACCUCAGCAUCAGAAGUUACUGAUGCAAAUGAGGAUGCUGUGGCUAGAAGAACUCGAAGACAAAAGAAACUAAAUGAGCUAUGAUUCUAUUUUAUUUUGAGUUAUACUGCUGCACUUCGGUGCUUGAAAACAGCAACAUCUCGAACUUAAAAUUCAGACUAGUUGAGAGGUCGGGGGCAGACCACGCCAACAGGUCAUUCCAGAGUUUGCACCCUUUGCCUUCUGUAAGUUAUCACUCUAGAUGUUAGUGUUGUAUAUAUUCUUCCUUGACAAGCAAGCAACAUCAGAAUAGUUUGUAUGCGUAAAUAUACGAGUCCUCUGCUAAUGAAAUUUUGCAGUACGUAGAAA